GGAGCCCGCACAGCUGCACCGCCGGGCUGCGAGCGGCUGAGACCGAGAGAGCCCAAGAGCAAGAGAGCUAGAGAGCGAGCGGCGGGCGCUUGCCCGGCGCCACCCCUCGACCCGGCCGCGCGCCCCGCUCGCUUCUCCGCCCCUCCCGGCUCGGCCCGGCCCCGGCUCGGCCACAGCCCCGAGCUCUGGGGCGGCGCAGGCAGCCUCGGGACUCUCCCGCGCGCCGCCGCGUCCCCAGACAAAGGCUUGGCCGGCGGCCCCGGCCCACUGCGCCCUCCGCUCCCCACCUCCCGGGCUCGCCGCUCUUCGCCCCCGCUCCCGGCUCGGCGCGCCCCGGCCGGCUGCAAAGUUUCCCCGGGCGGCGGCGGCGGCGGCGGCUGCGCCUCGCGUGAGCGAUGGCCGCGGAGCUGAGCAUGGGGCCCGAGUUGCCUACCAGCCCGCUGGCCAUGGAGUACGUCAACGACUUCGACCUGCUCAAGUUCGACGUAAAGAAGGAGCCGCUGGGGCGCGCGGACCGCCCGGGCCGGCCCUGCACGCGCCUGCAGCCAGCCGGCUCGGUGUCGUCCACACCGCUCAGCACGCCGUGCAGCUCGGUGCCCUCGUCGCCCAGCUUCAGCCCAACCGAACAGAAGACCCACCUCGAGGACCUGUACUGGAUGGCGAGCAACUACCAGCAGAUGAACCCCGAGGCGCUCAACCUGACGCCCGAGGACGCAGUGGAGGCGCUCAUAGGCUCGCACCCAGUGCCACAGCCGUUGCAGAGCUUCGACGGCUUCCGCGGCGCUCACCACCACCAUCACCACCACCACCCACACCCGCACCACGCGUACCCGGGCGCCGGCGUGGCGCACGACGAGCUGGGCCCACACGCGCACCCGCACCAUCACCAUCAUCACCAAGCGUCGCCGCCGCCGUCCAGCGCGGCCAGCCCCGCGCAGCAGCUGCCCACCAGCCACCCCGGGCCUGGGCCGCACGCGGCGGCCGCGGCGACGGCGGCUGGUGGUAGCGGCAGCGUGGAGGACCGCUUCUCCGACGACCAGCUCGUGUCCAUGUCCGUGCGCGAGCUGAACCGCCACCUGCGGGGCUUCACCAAGGACGAGGUGAUCCGCCUGAAGCAGAAGCGGCGGACCCUGAAGAACCGGGGCUACGCCCAGUCGUGCAGGUAUAAACGCGUCCAGCAGAAACACCACCUGGAGAAUGAGAAGACGCAGCUCAUUCAGCAGGUGGAGCAGCUUAAGCAGGAGGUGUCCCGGCUGGCCCGCGAAAGAGACGCCUACAAGGUCAAGUGCGAGAAACUCGCCAACUCCGGCUUCAGGGAGGCGGGCUCCACCAGCGACAGCCCCUCCUCUCCCGAGUUCUUUCUGUGAGUCGUGGCCGCUCCCGGCCCCCGCCCUUGCCCCGGCCCGGACUCCCCGUCCCGUGUCCCCAGCCCCGGACUCCCCCGGACCCUGUCCCUGCCACGGCCCCAGCCAUGACCUGUUUGACUUGAGGGAGAGGGAGGAAGGGCGCGCGGGACGCGGGCGACGGGAGGGCGCGCGGGCAGGCAGGGGACCUUGGCCAAGGCGAGAGCGGUGAGCGCCAGCGGCGGCUCCUAGACUCGAGCAGAGCCAGAGAGAGGCGAGGGGGUGGGAAGUCCCAGAGCAACUUUUCUCCAGGCUGGAGGGCGGCAAGGCAUAGUCGCGAGGAGUCGCCAAGGCCGUCUGGAGACUCCUGGCUUCCUGAACUUUGCGCGUUAAGCCAGGGCCGGUUCCUCGCGGCCCGGAGCGUAAUCCAGCCCAGCAAGAGAGAAGCGAGGAGAGGAAAGGAGAGGGACCCUGGCGUCCCGGCAGGCGCGAGGCGAGGCUGAGCGAAGGAAGGAAGGACAGACGGACCUGUCUGUCCAGGGUCCGGAGAACACUGGCUCUCAGCCCCGAGACGCGGGCCUCAGUUAGGACGUUCUGCGCGCAAAUCUCAUCAGUUUUAUUGCCUGCUCGAUUAUAUAGAAAAAAUACGAAAAUCUGCAUUAAAAAUAUUAAUCCUGCAUGCUGGACAUGUAUGGUAAUAAUUUCUAUUUUGUACCAUUUUCUUGUUUAACUUUAGCAUGUUGUUGAUCAUGGAUCAUAAUCCCCCUUGUUUCUUUGGAUGAGAAGGGAUCGCAGUUCGGAAACUCCGGUGGCUGCUUGUCGGGUUUCAGUCUAUGGGCUGUAGGCUUGUAAAUACCCGCCCCGCCAAACCGCUUAAGAGAACCUGGCAGCAAGCUGAGUGUCUUUGUUUGGGUUUAUUAUUAUGGCAUUUUUUUGUAAGUAAAAAAAAAAAAAAAAAAAAAAACUUCUGGGCAUUUGCAUCAGAAAACAACUUUGUCUUGGGGCACCCUUGGAAAUUGCAUGUUUUCUCCCCCUCCCCUGCCCCAUUCCGGUCCUCUUUUCCUCCCGUUCUAGUUUUCAGUUUUGUUUUUGUUGGGAUAAAGAGGACUGGAGUCCCAGCUCCCUAGUACCAGGGCAGGGCAGCUGCAGAGUUUCACACCCUGGAGGCCGGGGAGUGUCCUCACAUCACCUGGUUUUAGGGCUACGUUGACACCCCUAACAAGAAAGGAAAGGAAAACAGAUCUCGUUUGCUUUUUAUUGCAACCAGAAUCACCCCAGGGUCCCCACGAAACUCUCCAGGCCCGCACUAAUUGCUGGGGUCGAAAUGCUCCUCGGGUGACCGGCUUCACCAGCCCAGACUGCCCAACGGUGACCUGAACUUAUGUUGAACCAAUCACCACACUCAGAAAGUACCAGAAACCCAAACAUUGGCAAGUAAUUUUGCAACUUUCAAGUGCGUUCUUUAGACCAAUAUGUUAUGUGUGUUUCUUUCCCUGCUUUCGAGAUAGCGGGAGAGUUAUUGGUGGUGUUAACCCCGCCCCCUUCAGUUGUAUAGUAGUUAUAGGGAAGAUCUGGGUGUUUUUUCUUUAUUAUUACUUUUUUUCCCCUGCAGGUCAGUAAGAGGAUUUAAGUUGCACUGACAAAAAUACCAAAACGAAAGCGUAUUUUUUAGUUCUCAUUUGAAAUUGCUGGCGCUGCUGGCCGGAUGCAGUUUUGAGUUUGUAUUAGUUGAUAAAUUAACAGUAAUAACAAGAUUGUAUGAACCGCAUGGUGCUUGCAGUUUUAAAUAUUGUGGAUAUUUGUCCUGCAUCAGAAACGAGCUUCGGUUUUUACGGAUUCAACUGUGUUGAAAUCAAAUUUGCCUCAACAGAAAUUGUUUUUAUUUCAUGUACAAUAAGGGAUCAAUUUCAAACCCUGCUUAUGAUAUGAAAAUAUUAAAACCUAGUCUAUUGUAGUUUUAUUCAGACUGGUUUCUGUUUUUUGGUUAUUAAAAUGGUUUCCUAUUUUGCUUAUUAAAACCAUGGAAAUGGUGUUUAUUUA